CCUAUAUGACCUGAUUUCCCUUUUGCCUCCUUCCUCUCCCUCUCCAUCUUUGUCAUUGUCACACAUACAUGUAUAUUUAUUAUAAGGACCAAAAGAUGGGUGUGGGUUUAGCAUACGAUUUUUUUCCCCAAUUUUUUAUUGUUUGCAGUUCUCAUUGUCUGUGCGCCCACUCUCCUCCUUUUUCGCGAUUGACGUGACUACUGCGAUUGUAGCUCCGAGCAUGAAUCUUUUAUUUUACAUCUCUCUUUCGCUGCUCAACCCUUUUUCAAUCAUCCAAAACAAUGGUCAAAUUUAUCAAGCCAGGAAAGGUUGCUAUCCUUCUCAAGGGUCGUUACGCAGGCAAAAAAGCAGUAAUUGUUAAAAAUUAUGACGAAGGCACAAAGGAUAGAAAUUAUGCCUAUGCUAUUGUAGCUGGUUGUGAACAUGGUCCUCUCAAAAUCACAAGAGCUAUGACUGAAAAGGCAAAGAUAAUCAAACGUUCCAAGAUCAAGCCUUUUGUAAAGAUCGUCAAUUACAGCCAUAUGAUGCCUACCCGCUAUGUCUUUGAUUUAUCAGAUAAAAUUAAGAACGCAGCUUCCAUGACCAAUUUGGUUGACCCAUCAUUACGUGAAGAAGCCAAAAAAGCCAUCAAGAAAGCCUUUCAAGAACGCCAUCGAAAGGGUGAAAACAAAUGGUUCUUUAACAAGCUCAGAUUUUAAAUAAAAAGCAAUAUUCCAUAUUUGA